UGCUACUAUGUCUGUUGAGCAGCAACCAUGGAUUUUACAAAACUCUUUUCAACACUUUCGUUGACCGGUGAGGAUAUUCCUCCUCGCUCUACGACGCGCCCCACACGAAAACCCAAAUUUGUGAAGUUUCUCUCUGGAGAUAAUGGCGAAGGCAUGCCAGAGACUUUUUUUGAGGAUCCUCGUACAUUCAAGCCAAAACCGGGUCCCCAUGGACAGAUUCAGACUUGGGGUAUAUUUCCGUACAACGAAGAUAAUAUCUGGGACUUCGAUGGAAUCCAAAUGAUGUAUAGAACAAUGGCCCACCAAUUCUCCUACGACAACCGCGGUGGAACACCCUGGCCUGAAAAUCAAUUCAUGGAUGUUCUAAAGGAUCGUAAGCGCGACCAGCUCAGCAAACUUGAUCUCGCAGACCUUGACAAGAAAGAUAUUGUGAUCAAGAUACACUUGAAGUUCUUGCAAGAUGCCAAUGGCGACCCUCGCAUAUGGCGCCGGGUGCGCCUCUCAGCUGGUAUGAAGAUAGGCGUAUUCCAGGAUAAGGUCCUUUCGCCCAUUCUGAACUGGGUACGAAACCUCCACUGCUACACGUUCACGGAUCUCAGAGACGGCGCUGUAUUUGGUCCUGAGGACGCCAACGCAACAGACAUAAUGCAUAUCAACCAGGUUGGAUAUGUUUACCUUCCGGAUGACAAGUAUAUGCUCGCCCACUUGUUUUCAAAAGUGGGCGAUACGUUUGCGUACUUGUAUGACUAUGGGGACAAGUGGCACCACGAAAUCGAGAUCGAGAAAGUUUUUCCCGUCGAGGAGUCGUAUGGACGUGUUCAGAUACUCGAUGGCAAGGGCAUGUGCCCAGGUGAAAAUAUGAGAGGGUCGUACCAAUACCAAAACUUUCUCAAGGCCUACGACACUGAUUCGUACACCGAGCAGGUUAAGAAAAGACGAGAAAUUCUUGAUUGCCCAAAUUACAAAGGCUUCAGCAAACCUCCUUCUCUGUUCGACGUUGACGCCUUUGACGUCGACCAGGCUAACGAGCGACUCUCCGCAGCACUGAGUUCGCCCAACUCAGUCAGGGCGGGCAUGAAGGCAUUCACCAUGCCUAUCAACCCCAGCGCACAUGAUUCCAGGACGGGCAAACUCAAGAAAGGUCAGAGCAUUCAGCGCGAAUGGGACCACGAGAGCCAUGGAUAUUGGCAGGAGACAACGUCCAGCACGAAGGAUAAAAGAAGUCAGUCGGCUUGUGCUGCUUGUGGAAAGCCUGGUGGCCAGGAUCUUAAGACGUGCAGUGGUUGCAGGGCCAUUUUAUAUUGUUCUGCUGAGCACCAGAAGGUACACUGGAAAGAUGUACACAAAAAGCAGUGCUCUCGCAAGUAUCUCAAAAAAUGAUACCGUUCCAUAUCAUCUCCAAUGCUGGUAUAUCAUUCCUACAUGAAACAAAGUAUAAUAUAUGUUUACCGUAUCUUUGCAAUGUAAGCACGAAUAACUGUGGCCCAGCUCCCAGUCGGUGGCCACUGCGUCCAUCACGUUCCAUCCUGC